GCCUCGACACAGCCGUCCUUUCGUCUCUCGGGCCAUGGAUACGGCUCGCAGGCUCAAUGAGCGCGCCGUCGAGUACGCCGAGGCCGGUAUCGCGCGGUAUCGAGGCCUGAGCAAGGGCGGCAAGGCGGUCGUCGUCGGCAUGCUCGGCCUCAACCUCUUCUUCUUCUGCACGUUCUGGAUCGUCGGGCCCGAGCGCAUCGCAGAGCAAUUCGCCGCUUGGGCCGACUACAUCCGCGAGUCGCCGUCAGGCUGGGCCAUUCUCUUCAUCGUCAUCGUCAUCACGUCUCUGCCGCCCUUGAUCGGGUACGGGACCGCCCAAACCCUGGUCGGCUUCGCGUACGGCGUCUGGCCCGGCUUCCUCAUCUCGGCAGCCUCGUGCCUCGCAGGGGGCGCCUUUGCGUUCCUCGUCAUCCGGCGGUUCAUCCGGUAUUUUGCGCCGUUCGUCCAGCAGAACGACACGCACCAGGCGCUCUCGCGUGCGGUCAGGGCCAAGGGCCUGCCGCUCAUGAUGAUGCUGCGGCUGUGCCCCUUCCCGUACCCGUGGAGCAACGCCUUCUUCGCGUCGAUCGAGACGGUCACGCUCGGGCAGUUCCUCAUCGCGACUCUCGCCAUCACGCCCAAGCUCCUCCUGCACGUGUUCGUCGGCCACCGCACGUACCUCUUCGCCGACCCCUCGUCGCGUCACUCGAUGGACCCGCUCUCAAAGUGGCUCAACGGCGCCUUCCUCGUCAUCGGCAGCCUACUCGGCAUGGCGACGAGCUGGUACCUGUACCGCCUCACGAUGCGGUACGUCGAGGAGAGCGCGGUCGGCGGGUCCGGCGACCUCGAGCUCGGCGAUGAGGCGGACGUCGAGGGGCCCGGGACGGGCUUGCUCGACGAGGUCGACGAGAUGCUCGACGGCGACGAGGACGAGGGUGCGGCAGCGGCGCGCAAGGGCGAGCCGAGAGCGUCGCAGGACGGGUGGGGCGACUGUGCGGACGACGACGACGACGACGAGGGUUCAGGUCGAGGAGGAGAGCGAAGGAGCUCGUCGGCGUGGGGACUCGAGCUCGAUGGAGAUGACGCGGAGCGCGGCGAGGCGCCGCAGGGACGGCUGAGGCUAGACUGAGGGAGGGGGCUCUCGACGGGCGACACGACGGGGCUCGAUAGACACUUGCAUUGCGACGUGCUCAGGCGUA